AUGGGGAAGAAGUGGAGGAACCCAGCUGAAGUGGAGAGAGGGGGCUCGGAUAGAGAGGAGGGAGCGGAAAACCGAAGAAGGAGCCGGAGUGCCAGUCGGGGAAGGUUCGCGGAAUCUUGGAAAAGGUUAAGUUCAAAGCAGGGAUCCACCAAGCGAGCCGGACUCCCGUCCCAGCAGACACCGGCUCAGAAGUCCUGGAUAGAAAGAGCAUUUUAUAAACGAGAAUGUGUUCACAUCAUACCCAGCACCAAAGACCCCCAUAGGUGUUGCUGUGGGCGUCUGAUAGGCCAACAUGUUGGACUCACACCAAGUAUCUCCGUUAUCCAGAAUGAGAAGAAUGAAAGCCGAUUCUCUCGGAAUGACAUCCAGUCUGAGAAAUGGUCCAUCAGCAAGCAUACACAGCUCAGCCCAACAGAUGCUUUUGGGACAAUUGAGUUCCAAGGAGGAGGUCACUCCAAUAAAGCCAUGUAUGUGCGAGUGUCCUUUGACACAAAACCUGAUCUCCUUCUACACCUGAUGACCAAGGAAUGGCAACUUGAGCUCCCCAAACUCCUCAUCUCUGUUCAUGGAGGCCUCCAGAACUUUGAACUCCAGCCAAAACUCAAACAAGUCUUUGGAAAAGGUCUCAUCAAGGCAGCCAUGACCACUGGAGCAUGGAUUUUCACAGGAGGAGUUAACACAGGAGUUAUUCGACAUGUUGGGGAUGCUUUAAAGGAUCAUGCAUCAAAAUCUCGGGGGAAGAUAUGUACCAUAGGCAUUGCUCCCUGGGGAAUUGUAGAAAACCAAGAGGACCUGAUUGGUAAAGAUGUGGUCCGGCCAUACCAGACCAUGUCCAAUCCCAUGAGUAAACUCACAGUUCUUAAUAGUAUGCAUUCCCAUUUUAUUCUGGCUGACAAUGGGACUACAGGAAAAUAUGGAGCAGAGGUGAAACUGCGGAGGCAGCUAGAGAAGCAUAUUUCACUUCAGAAGAUAAACACAAGAAUCGGCCAAGGAGUUCCCGUCGUGGCCCUCAUUGUGGAAGGAGGACCAAACGUAAUUUCCAUUGUUUUGGAGUACCUUCGAGACACUCCGCCAGUUCCUGUUGUUGUCUGUGAUGGGAGUGGACGGGCAUCUGACAUCUUGGCAUUUGGGCAUAAAUAUUCGGAAGAAGGCGGCCUCAUUAAUGAGUCUUUGAGGGACCAGUUGCUAGUUACUAUCCAGAAAACAUUCACCUAUACUCGAACUCAAGCUCAGCAUCUCUUCAUAAUACUCAUGGAGUGCAUGAAGAAGAAGGAACUGAUUACGGUAUUUCGGAUGGGAUCAGAAGGACACCAGGACAUUGAUUUAGCGAUCCUGACAGCUUUACUCAAAGGAGCUAACGCCUCAGCCCCAGAUCAACUGAGCUUAGCCUUAGCCUGGAACAGAGUCGACAUCGCUCGAAGCCAGAUCUUUAUUUACGGGCAACAGUGGCCGGUGGGGUCCCUGGAGCAAGCAAUGCUAGAUGCCCUAGUGCUGGACAGAGUGGAUUUUGUGAAAUUGCUCAUAGAGAAUGGAGUAAGCAUGCACCGUUUUCUCACCAUCUCCAGACUAGAGGAAUUAUACAAUACGAGACAUGGACCAUCCAAUACUUUGUACCACUUGGUCAGGGAUGUCAAAAAGCGAGAAUAUCCAGGUUUCGGUUGGAUCUAUUUUAAGGGGAACCUGCCUCCAGAUUACAGGAUAAGUUUAAUUGAUAUUGGCCUUGUGAUUGAAUACCUGAUGGGAGGAGCUUAUCGCUGCAACUAUACUAGAAAACGGUUCCGGACUCUCUACCACAACCUAUUUGGACCCAAGAGACCUAAAGCCUUGAAACUUCUAGGAAUGGAGGAUGAUGUUCCCUUGAGAAGAGGAAGAAAAACCACCAAAAAGAGAGAAGAAGAAGUUGACAUUGAUUUGGAUGACCCUGAGAUCAACCACUUCCCUUUCCCUUUUCAUGAGCUCAUGGUAUGGGCUGUCCUGAUGAAGCGACAAAAGAUGGCCUUGUUCUUCUGGCAGCAUGGGGAAGAGGCCAUGGCCAAAGCUCUGGUAGCCUGUAAGCUGUGCAAAGCAAUGGCUCAUGAGGCAUCAGAAAAUGACAUGGUGGAUGACAUCUCCCAGGAGCUGAACCACAACUCCAGGGACUUUGGACAGUUGGCUGUAGAGCUGUUGGACCAGUCCUACAAGCAGGAUGAACAACUGGCAAUGAAACUGCUGACAUAUGAACUGAAAAACUGGAGUAAUGCCACGUGCCUGCAGCUUGCUGUGGCUGCCAAGCACCGAGACUUCAUCGCUCACACCUGCAGCCAGAUGCUGCUCACAGAUAUGUGGAUGGGCCGUCUCCGGAUGAGAAAGAAUUCAGGUCUCAAGGUAAUUCUAGGAAUUCUACUUCCUCCUUCAAUUCUCAGCUUGGAGUUCAAGAACAAAGAUGAUAUGCCUUACAUGUCUCAGGCCCAUGAGAUCCACCUCCAAGAGAAGGAGCCUGAGGAACCAGAGAAGCCUGUGAAGGAAAAAGAUGAAGAGGACAUGGAACUAACAGCAAUGCUGGGUCGAAGCAAUGGGGAGUCUUCAAGGAAGAAGGAUGAAGAAGAAGUUCAGAGCAGGCACAGAUUAAUCCCCCUUGGAAGAAAAAUAUAUGAAUUCUACAAUGCGCCCAUUGUGAAGUUUUGGUUUUAUACCCUGGCAUACAUCGGCUACCUGAUGCUCUUUAACUACAUUGUGUUAGUGAAGAUGGAGCGCUGGCCUUCUACCCAGGAAUGGAUUGUCAUUUCCUAUAUAUUCACGUUGGGAAUAGAGAAGAUGAGAGAGAUUUUGAUGUCAGAGCCUGGAAAGCUACUACAAAAGGUGAAAGUGUGGCUUCAAGAGUACUGGAAUGUCACAGACCUCAUAGCCAUCCUCCUCUUUUCUGUCGGGAUGAUCCUCCGUCUGCAAGAUCAGCCAUUCCGGAGUGAUGGGAGGGUCAUCUACUGUGUUAACAUCAUUUAUUGGUAUAUCCGUUUGUUAGACAUUUUCGGCGUGAACAAAUACUUGGGCCCUUACGUUAUGAUGAUUGGAAAAAUGAUGAUCGACAUGAUGUACUUUGUCAUCAUUAUGCUGGUGGUGCUGAUGAGCUUUGGGGUGGCUAGGCAAGCCAUCCUCUUCCCCAACGAGGAGCCUUCGUGGAAGCUGGCCAAGAAUAUUUUCUACAUGCCCUACUGGAUGAUUUAUGGGGAAGUGUUUGCAGACCAGAUAGACCCUCCCUGUGGACAAAAUGAAACCCGAGAAGAUGGCAAAAUAAUCCAGUUGCCUCCCUGCAAGACAGGAGCCUGGAUUGUGCCAGCCAUCAUGGCCUGUUAUCUUUUAGUGGCAAAUAUCCUGCUGGUCAAUCUCCUUAUUGCUGUCUUUAACAAUACAUUUUUCGAAGUUAAAUCUAUUUCCAAUCAAGUGUGGAAGUUUCAAAGGUAUCAGCUGAUCAUGACGUUUCAUGAAAGACCCGUCCUGCCACCACCCCUGAUUAUUUUCAGCCACAUGACCAUGAUAUUCCAGCACCUCUGCUGUCGUUGGCGGAAACAUGAGAGUGACCCGGACGAAAGAGACUAUGGUCUAAAACUUUUCAUAACAGAUGAUGAGCUCAAGAAAGUCCAUGAUUUUGAGGAACAGUGCAUUGAAGAAUACUUUAGAGAAAAGGAUGACAGAUUCAAUUCUUCUAAUGAUGAAAGGAUACGAGUGACAUCAGAAAGGGUGGAGAACAUGUCCAUGCGCCUAGAGGAAGUGAAUGAGCGAGAACACUGCAUGAAGGCUUCCCUCCAAACAGUGGAUAUCCGCCUCGCUCAGCUGGAGGACCUGAUAGGACGCAUGGCCACAGCGCUAGAGCGGCUCACUGGUCUGGAAAGGGCAGAGUCCAAUAAGAUUCGGUCCCGAACCUCCUCCGAUUGUACAGACGCUGCCUACAUAGUCCGCCAGAGCAGCUUCAACAGCCAGGAAGGGAACACCUACAAGCUCCAAGAAAGUCUCGACCCUGCAGGUGAGGAGUCAAUGUCCCCAACCUCUCCAACCUUAAUGCCCCGUAUGCGAAGUCACUCUUUCUAUUCCAUGAAUAUAAAAGACAAAAGUGGUAUAGAAAAGUUGGAAAGUAUUUUUAAAGAAAGGUCCCUGAGCCUACACCGAGCCACUAGCUCCCACUCAGUGUCAAAGGAAACCAAGGCUGCGCCAGCCCCCAUAAGUACUUUGGCAAUCAUCCCUGAUUCCAGAAGACCAUCGUCUUGUAUUGACAUCUAUGUCUCAGCCAUGGACGAGCUCCACUGUGACAUAGACCCUCUGGACAAUUCCAUGAAUAUCCUGGGGCUGGGAGAGCCCCUCUUUCCAGCUCCAGCAGCAUCCACUGCCCCUUCAAGUAGUGCCUAUGCAACUCUCGCACCUACCGACAGACCUCCGAGCCGGAGCAUGGAUUUCGAGGAUAUCACUUCAAUGGACACCAGGUCUUUCUCUUCAGACUACACCCACCUCCCAGAGUGCCCAAACCCCUGGGAUGUGGACCCUCCUAUGUAUCAUACAAUAGAGCGCUCAAAAAGCAGCCGCUACCUGGCGACCACUCCUUUUCUUCUGGAGGAGGCGCCGAUCGUGAAAUCCCAUAGCUUUAUGUUCUCACCUCCUCCUCGGAGCUAUUACACCAACUUUGGGGUACCUGUCAAAACAGCAGAAUACACAAGUAUCACUGACUGCAUAGACACCAGGUGUGUGAAUGCUCCUCAGGCAAUAGCUGACCGGGUGAUCUUCCCUGGAGGCCUUGGCGACAAAGUGGAAGACUUGGCCUGCAGCCAUCCCGAGAGAGAGGCGGAACUGAGUCACCCCGGCUCUGACAAUGAAGAGAACGAAACCAAAGACCGAAAGACGCUAGCAUUACCCGCCCAAGAGGGCGGUAACUCCGACAGACCCCUGUCCAACAACAUAGCCCUCCCCAAAAUUGAGAGAGCCAACAGCUAUUCCGCGGAGGAGCCCAGCACGCUCUACCCACACACCAGGAAAAGUUUCUCCAUCAGUGACAAACUCGACAGGCAACGCAAUGCGGCCAGUAACACAGCCAGCCUCCGGCACCCCUUCCAGAGGAGUAAGUCCUCCAGGCCAGAGAGUAGAGGGGACAGCCUGUCUAUGAGGAGACUCUCUAGAACUGCUGCUUUCCACAGCUUUGAAAGCAAGCACAGCUAA